GGUGAUGUGGACGGAGCAGCAGGUGGAGAAGCGACGAGUAAAGCGGGACGGUCUGUCUGACGAAGCCUGGUCAGCGCCAGCACUGGAGGAGGACAACGCCCGCCAGCCGCGCCAGUUUACAGACUUGAGAAGUUUUUUCUUCUCCUCCCCCCCGGCAACCCCCUCCCGCCGGGGCUCCAGCAGGUUCCCGGACCCUCUGUAUGCCCAGCAGUGGUAUCUACAGGAGGGGGCCAUCGGCGGCUACGACAUGAACGUGGGACCCGCCUGGGCUAGGGGCUACACGGGCAAGGGCGUCGUCAUCUCAAUCCUCGACGACGGCAUCCAACACAACCACCCCGACAUAGCUCAGAACUACGACCCGCUGGCGUCGUCGGACAUCAACGACGGGGACCCAGACCCGUUCCCCCGCGACAACGGCGACAACCGACACGGGACCCGCUGUGCCGGGGAGGUGGCCGCUGUCGCCUUCAACGAUUACUGUGGUGUUGGCGUCGCUUACAACAGUAGUAUAGGAGGUGUGAGGAUGUUGGAUGGAACCGUGAAUGAUGCAGUGGAGGCCCGGGCUAUUUCCCUCAACCCCGAGCACAUCGACAUCUUCUCAGCGUCUUGGGGACCUGAGGACGAUGGCAAGACAGUUGAUGGCCCGGGACCCUUGGCCAAGAGAGCCUUCAUCAAUGGUGUCAUCAGGGGUCGGCAUGGCAAGGGCUCCAUCUUCGUGUGGGCGUCUGGUAAUGGCGGGCGACACACAGAUAACUGCAACUGUGACGGCUAUACCAACUCCAUCUUCACACUGUCUAUCUCGUCAGCUUCACAGAGAGGGUUUAAGCCAUGGUACCUGGAGGAAUGUUCUUCUACUCUGGCAACAACAUACAGUUCAGGAACACCAGGACUCGAUAGUAGUGUUGCCACAGUUGAUAUGGAUGGCAGUCUUAGGCCUGAUCGUAUGUGCACUCUUGAACACACAGGUACAAGUGCCUCAGCACCUUUAGCAGCAGGGUUGUGUGCCCUGGCUCUAGAGGCAAACCCAGAUUUAACAUGGCGUGAUAUGCAACAUCUUGUGGUCAUGUCUUCACGCUUUGAGCCACUGAGUCAAGAAAGGGGCUGGUUCAUCAAUGGUAUUGGACGGAGUGUGAGUCACAAGUUUGGCUAUGGUCUGAUGGAUGCCGGCAAGUUGGUGGAGUUAGCGGAAAAAUGGACCACCGUUCCACCUCAACAUGUCUGCCAGAGUAUUAAGGACCGAACUGAUCAGGGGAUUCCUACAAUUAUGGGAGAGUCAGUGUUCGCAGAGAUCACCACAGAUGGCUGUGCAGGAACCUCUAGAGAAGUCCGUUAUUUAGAACAUGUACAAGCAAGAGUUUCUCUUCGAUUCCUCCCUCGUGGAAACAUCAGAAUCAAACUUAAAUCCCCCUCUGGCACCACCUCUACACUGUUAUUUGAAAGGCCGCGGGAUGUGUUCUCAGAAAAGUUUGAUGACUGGCCAUUCCUCUCAGUCCACUUUUGGGGGGAGAAGGCAGCAGGGACCUGGCAGCUGCAGGUCACUAAUGCUGGGGCAAAACAGGUUCACCACCCAGGCGUACUGAUCCAGUGGCAGCUCAUAUUACACGGCACUAAAGAACGUCCAGGACGUCUGCGCACAGAUCAACUUCCACGAUCAGAUUCAUCUUCCUUCUCUCAGCCUCUCUCUACACAGUCUUCAGGAAUACAGUUCCCAACAAGAAGGACUCCUAGUUUUCCCUUCACUGCUAGUAUCUUGGACCAAAUUCUGGCAGGGUCCAGUCCCAAUGCUACAUAUGCCACAAUUGAUGGGAAAGUUGUGCCAGGUCCGAACCAGUUGGCCACACCUGAGAACAAUAACAACCUGAAUAAGUAUGCGGAGUCUGAAGUGUGCCACAGUCAGUGUCUCGGUGGAUGUUCCGGCCCGGGACCAGACAAGUGCCGAGGUUGUGCUCAUUUUAGUCUUGAAGGGGAGUGUGUGGGAAGCUGUCCAGAGGGAACUUAUGGGUCAGAGGAACGUGACUGCUUAGGCUGCCAUGCAUCGUGUGCCAUGUGUAGCGGCCUGGCACAGAAUCAGUGCUUAGCUUGUCGUGUUGAUUUCCUCUAUGUUCUUCACCUUGGUCUGUGUGUUGAAAGAUGCCCUGAAGGAUAUUUUGCAGUAAAUGGCUCUUGUCUACACUGUGGUGGCCACUGUUCUGAGUGUAUUAACCCAGAACAGUGUUCAAGAUGUGACCAUCACCUUCUUCUGUCCAAUGGUUCUUGUCUCACCAACUGUCCUGAAGGCUUCUAUGAGACUCAAGACAAUAAAUGUGGUUCAUGUUCCCCACAAUGCAAGACUUGUGUAGGCGGCAGUGUCACUGACUGUGCAUCGUGCCGAUCUACUUCUUACCUCAAUGAAGGAAAGUGUGUGUACCGUUGCCCUAAAGGUACUUAUGGUGGGCAGGUUACCCGUGAAUGUUUAGUGUGUCCUACUGGGUGUGCUUCAUGCAACGGGGAAAUAUGCACCUCCUGUAUUGAUGGCUGGCGAAUCAAAGGAGGUCGUUGUGUGGCCCGCCCGAGUCGCUGCCAUAUCAGUGAAUAUUCAACUCAGAAUGGUGUAUGUCAAGAUUGCCAUUCUUCUUGCCUCUCUUGUAUUGGACCCAGCAACACACACUGUCUUCACUGUGCUCCCAAUCUCUUUUUAUUUGAUUCUAAAUGCAUUGAAGCGUGUCCUGUUGGAUAUUUUGCUCUACGAGGCAGGUGUUUACCGUGCCCUCAUGGGUGUAGUACUUGUACCUCAUAUACAUCAUGCAGUACAUGCUCCCUACACUUUUAUCUUCACAACAACCAGUGUGUUGUUGCAUGUCCCCCGGGGUACUACAGUGACCGAGGCAUCUGCUCACCCUGUGAAGGAGGCUGUAAGACGUGUUAUGGCCCCAGAAGUGACCAGUGUGCCUCCUGCUUUAAUAAUUCCUUCUUACUUAACUCAUCUUGCCACAGCACAUGUCCACCUUCUCAUUAUCCAGAGGGGAGUGAAUGCCUUCCAUGUUACCAUAAUUGCCAUACUUGCAAAGGCUCAGGUCUUAAUGAUUGCACUUCCUGCCAUGAUUAUCUCACUCUUGAUGGUGGAAUGUGUAUUGAGUGUCGGUCAGGCCGGUACUAUAACCUCAGUUCCCAGGCGUGUGAAUCCUGCAGUGACUCAUGCCUGACUUGUUCAUCUAGUGGAGAAAAUGGGUGCACAUCUUGCCAGGCACCUUUGUCUCUCCAUCCUGCCACUAGCACCUGCCGGACUUGUUGUCCUCCUGGUGUGACAGAAGAGGAGCACGAACAACUCUGCUGCGCUUGUGAUCCUGUUACUGGUCAGUGUCACGGCGCAGUAUCAGCAGAUAAGCGAAGAAUAGCCCUGAGCUUGGACUCUGGUUCACAUCACACUCCACAUAGAGGAUCUUACUUCUCAUCUGUCACAUCACUUGUUGCUGUUAUUUGUUUUGUCAAUAUUGUAAUAUUUGGUGCAGUGUUCACCGUACUCCAGGCAAGAUCAACGGGCUCUCUAUGUUGGGCCAGAAAUUAUUCAUAUAGAUUCCUAAAGCCAGAGAACAUGUCAGAGCGAGUCUCCCUAACUCUAACACCGUUCAUGGAGGAAGACUCUGAUGAAGAAAGGGAGAAUGAACUAUUGUAUAUGAAGACAUAGGUAACCAAGUAUCUCAGAAAUUAGGAUUUAUAUAUAUAUAUAUAUAUAUUAUUACAAAAGAAGCUGAUGUGAGUAAGGAAGAAGCCAAGAAUUACAGCACAUCCUGACUGUACCUGUCGCUACGACAUAGAACUAGAUCCUUUCCAUACUUAAGUAUCCUCAGGUCAUGUUUGUGGAUCAAGUCAAAUUUUUGUGUAAUGUGCCUCUAAGAUGAGGGUGUUAUUUUUUCUAAGUAUGAAUGUUCAUAGAUUGCUUUUUGUCAGAACACUUUCUGGAAAAUAACAUUGAUGCUUUUCUCUCAUUAAUGCUCAGUACUGUAGUGAGCAUAUCUUUAAAAUAAAUACGUGUGCCAUGAUGGUGGAGCAUAUCACUGAAGGAAUUUUCACAUUUUAUGUGUAAGACAAUACUACAUGUAUUUUGAUUAAUUAGAUAUAUCUGCUCUAUGCUCUUUGUCAUCAAUCUUUUAAUUGCAUUAUUAACUGUAUUCGUGAACAAAUUUAAACAGAUUUUGUAGUACCUGGACGAGGCAGUUUUCUGCUAUUCAAGGUUUAUCAAAAUUGAAUAUGUUAUAGUAUAUGAAAUUUUAAAUAUACUGUUAAGAUAUACUAUGGCAAAAAUUGGUGUUUUGUCAUUUAAUUAUUUGAGUAUUUUUCAAUGGAUGUUAUUUUGCAGUUAUCAUAUUUUUUAUAGCAUUAAUGAAACAUGAAUGUACUUUCUGAAGUGCAAAUUUCUAUUUAUUCAGGAGAAAUUACAAAAUAAUUGAACAAGUAAAGAAAGGAGACAUUUUUACAGACAUUGUAAGUCAGUCCUCGACUUACGACGGGGUUAGGGACCGACGACCAGGUCGUAAGUCGAAUUGGUCGUAAGUCGAAAAUGCGAAAAUAAUACAUAGAAAAUCUAAAAUGGGUGUCUCAUGUUCUUCUCGGCACCACGAGAACUCUCACUUUUACACUUGCCAGCCAUUUUAAAGGGAAUUACAAACGAAAAUUUUGGCAGUACACAGCGCGAUCACUAACGUCGGGACUCGAAAAUACGUAAUUUUAAGAAUAUUUUAUACGACUGCGGCAAUCGUAUGUCCAGGUGGUCGUAAGUCGAGUAGGUCGUAAGUCGAGGAAUACCUGUAUAGGUUAUCAGUGAUGUGUGACUCCAUUCCAAGAAUGCUUUGUGAAAGUAGCCCUAAAAGUAUGUGAGUCAUAAUGUGAGCUUGAGUUUCCUCAGUUCCUAAAAUAAUGUGCAAUGAAAUUUUAAGUUGGUUUUUAUAUCACAUUUGUUUUGUGGUUUAGAAUGUUACCAUUGAAAUUUCAUGAUCUAUAAAUAACAUCUUUGAAAUAGAUGGUGUCACAAAUUUGUACUUUUAUUUUUUAUUUGUAAGAAGAUAGUUUCCCUUCUCUAAAAUACAGUACUGUACUGUAGUAAUUUUAAGAUAUGUAAAGAAUAAGGGAUGACCUUGGGAAACUGGGAAAUGAUCUCAGACCUUGGCAGAGAAAUGUAGAGUAUUGAGUCCAAGGAUGUAGACUAAAUGACUCUUUCUCAUCAGAGAGGUUGCCAUACUGCUUAGCAGCUAACCAUAAAGUAUAUUACAGUGUAUCAGAAAGCAUUAUUUUCUAUAAGGUGAAUAUACCUGUAAGUACAGUACAGUAAAAACUUUCUUGACCCCCAAAAACAAUAAUACCUGGGAUUCUGAAUUUGUGAGUUAAGAGAAUCAGCUGUGGGUUAGUUACAGUGUAGACUUAUUGCAGUUGAAUAUGAAAUGACCAAUGUUCACAGACUAGCAGAACCAUUAUGAUCAAAAUACCUGUACUAGCCAUUUACAAAAUAUCAUGAUAAUGUUCCGUAAGUAAAAUAUCAGUUGUAUUGUACCCUAAAGCUCUCAACAUUGCAGUGAAAUCUUUGUACAGUACUAUAAUCUUUAAUCAUAGACUAAUGAGAUAUAAACCUAUUCUGUACAGGUAUGGUAAUGUCAAUUCACUCAAGUAUCAAAACGCUUCUGUAAAUACAGUACUGUAUGUAAAACUUGUGGCUUCAUUUGCUGUGGUUAAGAGAUUUUUUACUGGACCUUUUAUUUUCAAUAGUGAUCUUUUAUAAUAAUUCACUAUUUGUUAAUUGUGCCCAUAUUUACCUGACUACCUGACAGGUGCAUCAUCAAGAAUGCAAAAAUCUUGGUAAGCAUUAGGUCAUUAAUGCAAUAACUAGACAGUAAUAAUAUUAUUUUUUAAAUUUUCAAAGUUGCACAAUUUUAGUUUUUCUCAAAGGUAUAAUAAUUAUAUUGGAUACUUGAAAAGUGUAAUGGAGCUGACAUUAUUACCUGGCAGGUGUGAGGUCAUUAACAUUUAGGUUAUGGAUAGGCGAGAGGAUUGGUGUAUAUGAAGGAAGAAGUAUGGUGCUGUUGCAAUACUAGAUACUUACUCAUGUGAUAAAAUACUGGGCAUCUCUGUGCCACUUUGAUUUUGAAACAGUGGUCUUGUCUUCAGUCAUUACUUGAUAUGGACUGCCUUUCAUUAUGGGCAAUUGUUGAGUGAUGAACAUAACUUGCAUUACUUUACAUGUGAGAAACUAUGAAUACGUGCAAGCCGUAUGUCUUGAUAUAAGAAUAACAUUAGAAAAAGGGAAAUUAUAUAUAAUAGAUGACUUCAAGAUGGUGACAUUAGGAAAUGUAGGAAAACUCAUAAAUCAAAGUUAUUGUUGUUGCUUAGAAAGGUGGUACAGGUAUACUGUACCAGAGGAUUACAAGUGAUGGUUAAUUAUCAACACUGUUAGUGAACACUGAAAAUGGCUUAUUUUCCAGUGAAGUUACCAGAGUGCUCUACAUGGUAAAUGAGGUUUUCAUUUUCUAUUCAUGACGAAAAAAAAAUUAUUCUAGUCAUGAAAGUCCAUUUCAAGAGGCAUUUAAUGGUGACUAGCAUUCACAGAUUAGAAAAACAAAGAAAUGGUUCCGUGAUGAAUCACUAAUAAGGAGAGUAAGCUAGAUAUGCUUCUUAAUGUCACAAACAAGGACAUAAUGCCUUGUCAUAGGGUGGCCUUAAUGUUUAAACGUAGUUAGUACUUUUAUAUUGCCCAUUAUAAGAAUUAUGCAUAUGUAGCCAUUUUUUAAAUGCCUACGUUCUAAAUUUCAUAUUGGUAAAACCUCUAUUAUUAUUUGUACAUUUGUGAUGUGUCUUCCUUCAUUAGUUUCUGUAACAGAAGUAAAUUGUGAUAAUGGUGUUCAAGUCUGAGACUGUGAAUGAUUCCCUACAAAAAUGUGUAUUUUAUGAGAACCUUCAACCAACAUCUAUUACCACUUUUAAGUCUUACUUUACACCUGUUGAAUUAAGUUCUGUUAGACUUUUACGUUCUCAUCUCUUUUACCUUUUUUAAUUUUAUGUAUCUACUGAAAUAUCACUGUAGCCAUUUAUCCAGUUUUGAAUACUCCAAAAAAUGUUAAUGAUGACUCAUGUGUACAGUACGUUACUUUCUAAUGUAGAAGUUGUCAAACAAGUGCCCUAAGACCAAAUACUA